AUGUCCGCACCUCAGGAACUCCAUGAGCCUACGGGACAUGAAUAUGACCAUGUCAACGACCCCAAUGCGCCUAUCAACCUUCAGGCGGCACUAGAGGAGCUUGAGCCACCUCAUGGCCAUAGUGACUUCUCGCAACUGGUUGCAAUUCCGAUUUCGGGGGAUGAGGUUGAAGCAGCUUCCAAGCCCGACUAUGUCUUAUGGAAACUGGAGAAGGCCAAGAAGCCUCGCAGCGGCUUGGGUUUCGAGUUUGCUGAGCAUAGCUAUCUCGGGGACUCGCUCACGCUGGCCUGGGACGACGGCCAGUCGUAUGUUGCCAAGAACAAGCCUUUCAAGCUACCCAACGGUCUCGAGGUGACGUACGGCCAGAUAAAUGGCCUGGCUGGCGAUUUUUACGGCACUGUCGACCCCAUCAGCGACGGUCGUGACUUGGAAGAUCAGCGUAAGCGCUUUGAGAGAGCGUGGUACUGGCUUGCCAAGGACGAUACGCGCAACCCACGGGAGGCGCAAGAUAUCUUAAAAGUGCUCUCGGUCGAGGUCAAGAGGGUGCAGGACGCCAUCGACAAGGGCGAAGACCCGUCCAAGGUCUAUCCUGACAUUCCCGGCGUGAACUUGGAGUUGCAGCGGCUCACCAUUGACCGCCCUCCGGAAUGCCCCAGCUACAUAGUGCUAGCCAAGAUCAACUGGGACCAUUUUGGCCAGGAUGCGCGUACAGCGUAUAACGCUUGCCACUCGGCCGCUCUCAAGGUAGCAGUGCAGGGAGAUUUGCAGCUUGCCUACGCCAUGAAUGCCUUCGGCGAUCACUUUCUGCAAGAUUCGUUUGCGGCUGGGCAUAUGCGUACCCCGCGACGCAAGCUGCACGACAAGACUGGAGCUGCCGAUCUCUGCGCCAAGUACAUGCAUGACGAGGACAACGCAAUUGGUCUGUCUGUUCGUAGCCCGGUCGGUCUUGAGUGGCAUUCACUCGGAGACAAGCGCCUUCUGGAUAGAGAUGGUAUCAGGAAUAAGAACGAAGCAUGGAACGCAGUGCGUGCCUCUGCUGACGAAGUCUAUAACGCUUGGAAGACAAAGACAGAGCCUCCCCCGCAAGAGUACGCGGCUUGGAAAUAUGCACCCAUCCUCAGUGAGGUCAAGAGUAUUGUGGCGCCGCUAUUCAGGGAGGAUGGCCAGCGGAGAGCGGACAUCAGAAAGAGAUGCCAGGCAAAGUACACCAACAAUUAUUGGUAUUGGUCGACGGCAGCCGACUGUAAGGCAAGCGGGCUGUGGGAGUACCCUAUUCUGCCGACGCCAGACUGCCAUAAAUAA